AAUAAAGAGAAACCUGCUCCAUAUGAAUCACUUGAACAGAAGCUAGCCUUCUGGAGAGGGAUGCUCUGGAGCCUGUCUGCUGCACAAGGGUGGAGAGAUGGCCAGCCUAAUGGGCUGAACCUCAGGACUCAACAGGCAGGCAAAGCCAGCACCAGGAACCAGUGUACCUGCCCAUCACCCAGCUGGGCACCCAGCUAGCCGAGCCUGUUCCACGCCUUACCUGGGCCUGGAGAGGGUGGAGAGAGGCCGGAGCAACCCAAGGUGGAGUGACAGAGAAGGAGAGAGCGUAACCACCCCGUGUCCUGGUCUGUCUGUCCGUGGUGGCUCUAAGAAACUAGAAUGAACCGAAGCAUUCCUGUGGAGGUUGAUGAAUCAGAACCGUACCCAAGUCAGUUGCUGAAACCAGUCUCAGAGUAUUCCCUGGAGGGGCAGCCAGAACCACCUGCUCCAGAUACAAGGAACAUGGCCCCCAACAGCUUGUCUGCACCCCAAACCUCUCACUAUUCCUUGGGAGACUUUUCUCAGGCUCACCUGCCCCUGAAACUUUCAAAUCACCAGUGGCCUGUGUCCCAGCAGGUCACCUGCCUGCGCACUAAAGUCCUGGAGGAGAGUGAAGACAGCUUCUGGAAGAGACACCCAGACCCGGGCAAAGAUUUUCCUUCAGGGUCCUCUGCAGCCAGUGAGCCUAAGCCUGAGUCUGUGGAUGGAGCCCUCCCGCCGGAGCAUCAGUUUUCACUUAUGGAAAAACAUAAUCAAUGGCUGGGGUCUCAGCUUUCAGCAGCUUCUCCUGACACUGGUCAUGACUCAGACAAAUCAGACCAAAGUUUACCUAAUGCCUCCGCAGACCCCCCGGGCAGUAGCCAAGAGACGGUGCAACAGCCCCAGCACCACAGAAACCGAGCAGCCCCAGAUCUGCCUACGAUAGACACGGGGUACGAUUCCCAGCCCCAGGACGUCCUGGGCAUCCGGCAGCUGGAGAGACCCCUGCCCCUCACCUCCGUGUGUUACCCCCAGGACCUCCCCAGACCUCUCAGGUCCAGGGAGUUCCAUCUGUCUGAACGUCAGAGAUACCCAGCGUGUGUACAGAUGCUGCCUCCCAACCCUUCCCCGCAUGCUCAGUGGAACUAUCACUACUAUUGUCCUGGAGGUCCCGAUCACCAGGUGCCAUAUGGCCACAACUACCCUCGAGCAGCCUACCAGCAGGUAAUCCAGCCAGCUGUACCUGGGCAGGCUCCACCUGGAGCCAGCAUGAGAGGCCUGCACCCUGUGCAGAAGGUCAUCCUGAAUUAUCCCAGCCCCUGGGACCAAGAGGAGAGGCCUACACAAAGAGACUACUCCUCCCCAGGCCUCCCGAGGUAUCAAGAUCAGCUGUAUAACCAGCCACCUAAUAGAGCUGGUGCUCCUGAGGAAUCCACAGAGUGUCCUGCAGAGUUGAGACCACAGGGUCCCCAGGCUCCAUCCCCAGUUGCUGUCCCUAGACCCCCUAGUAACCCUCCAGCCAGAGGAACUCUGAAAACAAGCAAUUUGCCAGAAGAAUUGCGAAAGGUCUUUAUCACUUAUUCUAUGGACACAGCCAUGGAGGUGGUGAAAUUCGUGAACUUUUUAUUGGUAAAUGGCUUCCAAACUGCAAUUGACAUAUUUGAGGAUAGAAUCCGAGGCAUUGAUAUUAUUAAGUGGAUGGAACGCUACCUUAGGGAUAAGACAGUAAUGAUAAUCGUAGCAAUCAGCCCCAAAUACAAACAGGAUGUGGAAGGCGCUGAGUCGCAGCUGGACGAGGAUGAGCACGGCUUACAUACUAAGUACAUUCAUCGAAUGAUGCAGAUUGAGUUCAUAAAACAAGGAAGCAUGAAUUUCAGAUUCAUCCCCGUACUCUUCCCAAAUGCUAAGAAGGAGCACGUGCCCACCUGGCUUCAGAACACUCACGUCUACAGCUGGCCCAAGAAUAAGAAAAAUAUCCUGCUGCGGCUGCUCAGGGAGGAGGAAUAUGUGGCUCCUCCCCGGGGGCCUCUGCCCACCCUUCAAGUGGUCCCCUUGUGACUCCCUCCAUCCCCAGGUCCUCGGGGCCAGGCCACAUGUGGGCCCUAUUCUGUCCAGCACUCUUCCAGUUGAGGCUGGCUGCCAGCAUUCAGGGCUGUUGUUUUUAGUCCCUCUCUGAGGGGCCUUCGAACCCCAGAAAACCUGUUCUGCAGGGGAACUCUUCCUCCUGAGACCUCGAGAGACCUUGUCUUUGAAACAGAGGCCACGGCUACUUUGCAUUCCCUGCUUUUUAAACCCAUCGCAUGUUCCUCCUAACAGUCUGCCAUGUCCAGAACGGGCUCUCAGCAGUUAGCAAGUAGAUAGUACAAGUGACGUUGCAAUAAAUGUAAACGACCACAAACACUCUCCCAUCACUUAGGGCUGCUUUUCAGGGUUAGCCAGAUGUUGUGUGUCCUCAGGCCAAACUGAUCCAUGUACAAAUAAUAAAAUGUUUACUCUUUUGUAAAAUUGUGGUUCACUUAUCUCAAAGGAGAUGGAUAUAUAUUAAUUUAUAUGGGCAGCUGCUUCCAGAGACAUCAAUAGAGCUGCUUAAAUAUAAUACUAGACAAAUGUAACAGACUACUUUGUAUUAAAGGAGUAAGGCCAGAUAAUUAAACAGUGCCUUUUAACAUGCUCUUGGAAGUUUUAUUCCUGCAGAACUUUUUAACAAAACAACUCUGUACCACACACAACCAUGAUUCUAAAUAAAAUCCUAGUUCUUAGGGUCUGAACUGUAUGUGUCAAAAUUUCUGGGUAUUGUAUGAAGUGACAUGAGCUGUAUAAUGCAGGCUAGGAAUGUAGUUUGGGAGACCUGUGUUCUAGUCUUGGGUCUGCCACUAACUAGCUGUGUGACCUUAAGCAAGUCCUUUCACUUUCCUGAAACUCCAGGGACUCAUUCAUAUAAUCACAUGGACAAAAAUAUCUCUAAUGACCCUAAAAGGUUUAAGGCCUAAAGCCUUAAAUUCUAAAUAUUCUUUUGAGGAAUGACUAAGUUUUCAUUUUCAUAAUAAUCUCCUAGGGGACAGAAGCACAUUUUCUUAACAGGGACAUUUUCUUCUUUUUUUAAAUAUCUUUAACAAUAUCCUCACAUUAGUAAUUUGGGGGAAAAAUAUAUAUCUUGUUCAUCUGAUCUCCAAAGAAAAAAAACACACACAAACAUACCCAUAUAUAAAAUACAUUCUACAUGUGUGUGAAUAUCUAUAAUAUAUAUAUAUUCUACUACAUAGAACAAGGUGAAAUGGCUUCAAUUAUGGCCCAAGAUAAUAAGCCAAUAUGAAGUCUUUGGAGGGUGGGUGAGAGCUAUUUCUUCCCCUUAUUUGUCUAUCUAACCUCUUAAACAAGGCUCAGUUGUGUUACAAUAUAGUUCAACCCUUAUGUGUCACCAUAGGGAAGACAAAUACUUGUCAAUGUUAAAUAAGAAACUUUGCUAAUGAAUUGCAAAGAACCCUAGUUUUAUUUAUGCUGUAACCUAAAUGUCUACUGGGCACAGUGAAUGUCUCUGUUUCUAAAAACUAGAGAAAGAAAAGCUAGUCUACCUGAAAUACUCAUUUGUAAGACUCUAUGACAGGUACUUUUAGACCCGUAGCAUUUGAGACCUGGUAAAACUGACAUGCUUGUUGGAUUAACUCAAAAUGCCUGGAACUCACCCCAAACACAAACAUCAAAUCUUUCUCUCUUGCUUUUUAUUAUCGUUUUUGGAGGUGAUACCGUCAUACAGGAUUCUACACACAGAUGUAAAUAAAAUGGCAUCAGCUUUAUUACUCUCAAA